CACCGGGCACGCAGCACCGCAGGUCAACGUCGGACGCGUCGCCAUGGACUUCACCGCCGUCGUGGCCGUCGUGGCCUUCUGCUUGUUCUUGUACUACUCGACGCGGAAGCCGCCCAACUACCCUCCAGGCCCUUUCCGCAUGCCAAUCGUCGGCACGCUCUGGAGAACCCACCUCAAUAUGUCAAUUCCAAUCACAGAACGACACAGGAACAUGAUAAAGAUCUACGGAAAGGUCCUGGGCACCUACAUCAUGUCAAACCCGUCUGUUCAUAUCGCCGACUUCGACUUGGCCAAGGAGGUGUUCAACAAGAGAGAAUCCACCGGACGGCCGAAGAUCGACAUCGCUCGAAUCCGGACUCACGGGAAACUGAGAGGUGUGCUGCUGAACGAGGGGCCCUCGUGGCUGGCGCAACGGCGCUUCGCACUGCACCACCUGCGUGACCUCGGUCUGGGUCGGACCUCGCUGGAGGUCAUCGUGCAGCGUGAGAUCGACACCAUGGUGACCCGCAUCGACACUCUGGGCAGCCAACCGCUUAAGGUCAACGGCCUGUUCAACGUGCACAUCGUCAACGUGCUGUGGGAGAUAGUGACGGGCAAGACGUGA